AUGAAGGCUUCUGCUGAGUCACAGGUAUCUCAGAGCUUUAUUAUUGACUCUUACAGCCGUUGCGAUAGAUCUAUCAAUACAACCUUCAACUAUUCUACAGGUUAUAGCCUGGAUGGCACAUUUUUCUUUUUAGAACAUUGCACCAACAUUUUUGACACAGAUAGUUCACCUUUUUUGGAAAGACUCUUACUCUUUAUUAGAGAUAUUCCAUUUUCCCUGAAUCUGCUGGAGAAGCAGAGCCACCUCAAUAUGAGUGAUACAUCUGUUACUUCAGAGUUCAGCUCAAGGCCCAGAAUCACACACUUCACUAGACAACUCAUUGAUAGAAUGAUCACUCAUUAUGAGAAGGCUCCUGACUUACAAGAUGAGACUGAGAUCAGUUUUCACCAGAGUAUGAAAUUUGAUGAUGAGACAACAGAGAAGCUUCAGAACAAAGAAAAGCAGAGUCAAUAUUCAUCUGCAGAAUCUGUUCAUUUUAAUUGUUCAAAUCCUUCACCAUUUCUCAUUCUCAGAAUGUCAACUUUUAAUGAUGAUCUGAAUCAAUCUAUCUAUUGCAUCACAGGCAAUCUUAUGAAUCUUAUACAGAUGAUGCUACAGAAUCAGAUGGCUGCAGCUGAAAUCACUCAACAUCUCACUACAUCUGUCUCUGCACAAAGAGACACUAUGAGAGAUGAGUUGUGA